AUGGCCAUAACGAGGUCUGGAUUAUUCACUUUGGAGACGUCAAAUCCGCGAUUUUUCACUUGCUGUGCAAGGCUUCAUGUGAAGGUUGCUCUGGCCAUCAUCAUUUUCUUCCUUGGAUUCCUCGAACUAACAGAAUGGUACGUUUACAUUUUUGUAGACCGUGCCGGAGAGUCGGCAGAUGCUGGACAAGCAAUCCUAUCAAUCUGGCAGCUGGUGUCAAUCAUCUGCAUGACUCUAUCGUUCAUCACUGAAAAAGAAGAGCUAUUGAUUCCAUUCAUUCUAUUCAUGAUCUUUGUUGUCACAAGUUUUGCUUUUUGGGCUAUGCAAAUUCUUGUCAUUGUUAUGUUCCCCUAUUCGGAAAGAGCAAAUCAUCUUCUAGGUUUCAGAGAUGAUACUGAUUUUAUGAUGCGUGAAAAGAUAGCUCUCACAGUUCUCUCCGUUUUUGCUACAAUAACUACAAUGACCGGAUGGUUCUUGCACGUAGGACUCGCUUGUUACGUGUAUUUUCAAAGUAGGAAUAGAGAAAACAAAGUGAAAGCAUCUGCUAGAGAAGCGAGACCUCCUAUGGUGGCUCCGUUGGCAGCAGAGCCACAACAACCGAAGCCGGCUGAUAACUUCCCAAAUCCAAAUUUUUCAAUUUCCGACGAUGAAGAUGUCGACGAGGAAGAAGAUAAAGUAUUCGAACAAAAAGUUGGACCCAGCAUGGUUUGA